AGUAUCGCUGCGACCGUUGCGUUAAACGUGCGUGCGAUUUUUCAAAAAAAAUUUAUGUUUCUCGUUACAAAAAAUUGGAAGCGAUUUUUUUUUUCAAAUCAAACACGAAUAAGCUUAGGAAAUUAUUAAAGAAAUAAGCUUAUUUUCUUGUUAAUUUCGAUUUUUAAUACUGGCCUAGUGUGUAAAGUCAGUAUUUAGAUUCAGUUUGGAUUUAUCGAUUUGUUGGGGUCUGAAAACUAACCUGAAAAGGGGUUCAGGAAAUUGUUGACGUAGUAAGAAAAGACCAAGAUGAGGUAUAACAAUAGAAGUGACGUCGUCCAUAAAGAUGUCGUAAUAAUAGGAAAUGGACCAAGUGGUAUAUCUUUAUCGUAUAUGUUAGACGGUAACAUACCGUACGUAAUAUCAAAUAAUCAUCCAGACGAAAUGUUGUCAGCAAGAUUAGGAACAUGCAUAGGAGAAACCUUGGUUAAUCUAGAUUUAGAUUAUUUAUCCCACGGUUUAGAGGGACGCUCCACAAACCCCAUAUCAUUACUUUUGGAUUCUUUAUCGCAUCCAUGUGCUGAUAUUGGUUUGGAAAUAGAACCUUUAAUUGAGUGGAGGCGAAACGGCGUGCAGAUUGACCAUAUAGUUUUUGGUAAAGGUCCACCAGGUGGGUCAUGGCACUCAAUGGAUCCACACAUUUUAACUCUCUCCCUAGGAACUUGGAUGGCUCUCCCCGGAUUAAAAUAUACGAUGAGAGAAGGUGCCGAAAAACGAGCGUUUGCUUCUAAUGUAGCAAAGUAUUAUGCCGAAUACGUAAAAAUAAUGAAUCUCGAAAAAUAUUUCGAAAAUAACACGAUAGUAGUAAACAUCGAAGAAGUUCGUAAAGAAACUAUUAUUAAUAACCCGGAAAACGUUGAUCGCGAUUCCGAUAACGAAUGGGUCAAAAAAAUUCAUAACGAAACGAGCGAUCGCAUCAAAUUGUGUACACAACCGGAAGUCGAAGAAAUGAAAGAAACGAAAAGUUCGUGUCCGUUUACGAACGCUUUAAAUUUUUUAUUGUCUCAUGGACAACGAAAAUUAAUCGGCGAACGAUGUUGCAAAAGGAAAUUGGAUAGUGAUAAAACGAAAAAUGUUUCGACGUCAGAUCUGAUGGUACACAACGAGAAUCGUUGUAAGAAAAUGAACUUAAACGAUCGCGUUAGAUCUGUUAGUUUUUCAUGUGAUUAUGAUAGAUAUAAAAAUACUGAUAAUAGAAAAAUCGAUUUAAGUUUUAAUGCUGGAACAUCUACCGACGUUGAUAAGCCAGUAAUAGAACCGAGAUGGAUCGUAGAUGUUUAUGAUAUUAAAAGUAGAUCGAUAAAACGAUAUUCGUGUAAUUAUUUAGUUUUGGCUAAUGGAGCUAGUGAUUUACCAAAUCGGUUGUCAAUUUCUAUGGAUAAACGAGACCCAACAUGGCUUUUACACGACGUAAGAAGUCUUGAGAUCGAAUUGGAACUUUAUAUGCAAUAUCAUAAAGAAAAUCCUGAUCCUGUUUUAAUUGUUGGGGCUGGUUUAAGUGCUGCUGAUGCUAUUAUUGCGACAAGAGCCAAAAGUAUACCGGUUAUCCAUCUUUUUAGAAAUAAAUCAAGAGAUCUUAGUAAACAAUUACCUGAAAAUAUGUAUCCUGAAUAUCACAAGGUUCAUCAAAUGAUGCAACAAGAAGGUUCUAAUUAUCCUUUAUACUCAGCAUUUCCCGAAUAUACAUUAACAAAUUACUCAGAAAAUAAUCGAACGGUAACGAUCACAUCAAAAGAUGGUAAAGAUAUGGAGAUUAAUGUUUCUUUCGCGGUUGUAUUAAUCGGAUCGAGACCCGAUUUAAGUUUUCUACCACAAGAUUUUAAAUUGGGUGUUAACAAUAAGUAUUCGGUUGACUCAAAAACAAAUCCAAUAAACAUAAAUAAAUUACGACACUCAGUUAAUGGUUAUACUAAUCUGUACGCAAUUGGUCCGAUCGCUGGUGAUCAUUUCGUAAGGUUUUUACCUGGAGGAGCUCUAGCGAUAGUUUCAGAUUUCUACAAGCAGCAUGGUUGUUGUUGAUUUUUGAAGACAAUGUAGAUCGAGUUAAGAUUUGUGAUAUUGUACCUGGGUAUAAUAUAUUAAUUAUAAUGAAAGUUUUGUUACAAUUCUUAAAAGAAUUCGUUGAAUUUGAUAGAAUGGUGGUUUAUCUUAAAAAAAAAAAGUAUUUUAUGUGUUUUUAUGUGACUACGUUUGUUGUAUUUAUAUAAAUUUUACGUAACGUUUCUUUUUUCGCUCACAUUCCUAGAACCAGAAUUUUUUUUUCUUCUACUAAAUACGUGAUAAAGAGAGAAAAAAAUAUUUAUAAUAUUAAAUUUUAUGCAAGAUGUUGCAAUGAUACAAAAAGUUUGUAAUUUUUUUCUUACAUACUUUUUAUGUAUGUAUUAAUUAAUAAUUAUUUAUCUACUUAAAUAAAAAAACAGGUAUUAAAAAGGAAUAAUUUAACUCAUCCAUUUUUUUAUGCAUUAAAAUAUAUAAAUAUCCUUCUGAUUGAGGUCUCAAUAAAUACUUUUUCACUCAAA